AUGAGUAAUACGACUAUUUUUCCCGAAGGAUAUUUCUAUAUCCUGUCUCGCAAGCACGGUUUUGCUCUCGAUGUAUAUGAUGGUCAAACAAAGAAAGGAGCCAACUUGAUUGUGUGGCCACAAAAGUUUCAGGACAGCGAUAAUCAAUUGUGGUCUUUUGAUAGUGGAAAAUUGACCAACAAGAAGUCGGGUCACGCUCUAGGCGCUUUCAAAUCUGACAAGACAAUUGUGCAAAAGAAGCCGCCCCCUGCCACCACCAAUGCUGCUGGCAAUUCGCGCAUCGAUCCCGUGUUGGCCAACUAUGGUUCUUUCUAUGGUGGCACUACCACUGCUCCUCCUGCCCCCCCCCAGCCAGGUCAAGCGCCUUCAUCAGGCAACUAUCCACCUCCACCUCCGCCCAGAAAUGACAAUUAUCCUCCUGCCAAUGCUCAACCAGGACAAGCACCUUCACCAUCCAGCUUCCCUGAGCCUAUUCCUGCUAAUGCGACAUCUUCUUUCUCGCCUCUACCUCCGCCACCUGCUAGCACCGGCGGAUAUCCACCUACUCCAGGCUAUCCGCCAGCCCCUCAAUCUCCCUCCAGCUACCCACCAGCCCCUCAAUCUCCACCCAGCUAUCCUCCUCAGCAAGUAGGCAGCAGUGGAUAUCCACCUUCGUCGCCAUCCAAUUACAACAGUUAUCCAGGCAGUCAACAUCAACAGCCCUCUGGCUAUCCUCCUGCUCCAUCCAGCAAUCCAAUGCCUACCUCUCCUCCAAGUUAUCCAUCCUAUCCUCCCAUUAAUGCCAAUUCUGGAUACCCGCCACCACCAUCAUCAGCAGGCGCACAUGGAGGAGUCCCUGGAUUCCAUCAACCCGCACAAGAUGGAGGCAACCAUUUUUACCAGCAACAGCCUGGGAUGCCUGGUAAUGGUGGCCAUUCCAGCCAAGGCUACCCACCUCCACCUCCAUUGCCUGGAAACAGACCUAAUAACAAUCAAAGCCAACACGAUCAAUAUGGUUAUCCUAGUUAUCCUCAAUAA